UUACUACUAAGAUGUCGUCCUUGCUAGCUGCUGCUUCUGUUUCUGUCCUGGAGCUGCUUCUGUCCUAAAGCAUUAUUUCGGCACUAAUGACAUCUCUUUUGGCUUCCUGUAGUUAUUUUCAGAAUGCAACUGAAGCAUAUUAAGACACUUUUAACCCCACAGGAUGGCGCCGCCAAAGUGACAUGCAUGGCCUGGGCACCGAACAACAGCAAGUUUGCUGUUUGCACUGUGGACAGAGUGGUGCUGCUCUAUGAUGAGCAUGGAGAAAGGAGAGACAAGUUCUCCACAAAGCCUCUGGACCCGAAGUAUGGAAAACAGAGCUAUGUGGUCAGUGACAUGGUCUUCUCGCCGGACUCCAUCAAAAUCGCCAUCGGCCAGUCGGACAACAUCAUCUACGUCUACAGAAUUGGGGAAGAAUGGGGGGACAAGAAAGCCAUCUGCAACAAAUUUGUUCAGACGAGCGCUGUGACUCGCCUUCUUUGGCCUGCAGAAAGUGUUAUCGUUUAUGGAUUAGUUGAUGGAAAGAUCCGUGUGGCCAACACCCAGACGAAUAAAUCCUCCACCAUCUACACCACCGAGUCCUGCGUCGUCUCUCUGACGGCUAAUGUUUCCGGUAAGGGGAUCCUGUCUGGUCACGCCGAUGGGACGGUCGUUCGCUACUUCUUCGAUGAUCAGGGCUCAGGGGAGUCUCAGGGUAAGCUGCUGACCCACCCGUGCCCUCCGUACGCGCUAGCUUGGGGCGCUAACAGCAUCAUGGCGGCCGGCUGCGAUAAGAAGGUGGUGGCGUACAGCAGGGAGGGCCAGGUUCUGCAGAACUUCGACUACAGCCGAGACCGAUCGGAGAGGGAGUUCACGGUGGCGGUCACCAGCCCCAGCGGCCAGUCCGUGGUGUUCGGCAGCUUCGACCGACUGCGGGUCUUCAACUGGGCUCCCAGGAGAAGCAUGUGGGACGAAGCCAAACCCAAAGAGAUCUCCAACCUCUACACCAUCACCAGCUUGGCCUGGAAGAGAGACGGAUCUCGCCUUUGUGCUGGAACGCUGUGCGGCGGAGUGGAGCUGUUUGACUGCUGCUUGAGGAGAGCCAUUUAUAAGAACAAGUUUGAGAUGACCUACGUUGGGCUGAGCCAGGUGAUCAUUAGGAACCUGUCCUCUGGGACCCGGGUGGUGCUGAAGUCCUACUACGGCUAUGAGGUGGAAGAAGUGAAGAUCAUGGGGAAAGAUCGCUACCUGGUGGCUCACACCUCUGACACGCUGCUGCUCGGCGACCUGCUGACCAGCAAACUGAGCGAGGUGCCUUGGCCCGGUUCUGGAGGAAAUGAAAAGUUCUUUUUCGAAAAUGAAUCUGUGUGCAUGAUUUUUAAUGCCGGGGAGCUGAGCCUGGUGGAGUACAGCAACAACGAGAUUCUGGGCUCAGUCAGAACCGAGUUCAUGAAUCCACACCUCAUCAGUGUGCGUCUCAAUGAGAGGAAGCAGAGAGGAGUGGAAGACAACAAGAAACUUGCUUACCUGAUCGACUUAAAGACCAUUGCAAUUGUGGACUUGACUGCGGGCUACAACCUGGGAACCAUCAGCCACGACUCCAAGAUUGACUGGCUGGAGCUCAAUGAAACCGGACGCAAACUGCUGUUCAGGGACAAGAAGCUGCGGCUCAACCUGUACGACAUCGAGUCCCGGGUGAAAACCACGCUGCUCACGUUCUGCUCGUACGUCCAGUGGGUGCCCGGCAGCGACGUGGUGGUCUCCCAGAACCGGGGCAACCUCUGCAUCUGGUACAGCAUCGACAGCCCAGAGAGCAUCACCAUGUUCCCCAUCAGGGGAGACAUCGUGGAUCUGAUGCGAGCCGACGGAAAGACGGAAGUCAUAGUGACGGAGGGCGUCAACAUGGUGGGGUACUCUUUGGACGAAGGCCUUAUUGAGUUCGGUACCGCCACCGACGACGGAGAUUACGACAGAGCAACAGCGUUUCUGGAGACUCUGGAGAUGUCACCAGAGACKGAGGCCAUGUGGAAGACACUCAGCAAGUUGGCGUUGGAGGCGCGUCAGCUGCACAUCGCAGAAAGAUGUUUUGCUGCUCUGGGUGACGUCUCGACUGUCCGGUUCCUCCGCCACACCAAUCAGAUCGCAAACAAAGUUUCACAGGAAACGGGAGAAGAUGGGACGUCAUUUUACCAGGUCCAAGCCCACAUGGCCAUGUUGGACAAGAACUUUAAACUGGCUGAGAUGCAUUACAUGGAGCAGAACGCCAUUGAUGAGGCCAUAGAGAUGUACCAGGAGCUCCACAGGUGGGAUGACUGCAUCGCCGUGGCCGAAGCCAAGAGCCACCCGGAGCUCAACAGCCUGCGUGAGAACUACUACCAGUGGCUGACGGAGACGGGUCAGGACGAGCGCGCCGGCGAAGUGAAGGAGAGCCAAGGAGAUUUCCAGGGCGCCGUCAACCUCUACCUGAGGGCGGGACUUCCCGCCAAAGCCGCCCGCCUGACCAUCAGCCGGCCGGAGAUCUGCAACAGCACCGAGACGGUCAGCCGCAUCGCUACCAGCCUCAUCAAGGGAGAGUUUUACGAGAGAGCUGGAGAUUUAUAUGAGAAGGUCAGGAACAACCAGAGAGCUGUGGAGUGCUACUGCAAAGGUGGAGCUUUCAGAAAAGCGGUGGAGCUGGCUCGUGUUGCUUUCCCUGCCGAGGUGGUGAAUCUGGAGGAGGCCUGGGGAGACUACCUCGUCCAGCAGAAGCAGAUGGACGCCGCCAUCAAUCAUUUCAUUGAAGCAGGCUGCUCCCUGAAAGCCAUCGAGGCGGCGAUCGCAGCUCGCCAGUGGAAGAAGGCCGUCCACAUCCUGGAGCUGCAGGAAGACGCAUCAGCGGAGAAAUAUUACGUUAAGAUAGCUCAGCACUACGCCUCCGUUCAGGACUACGAGGUGGCGCAGCAGCUGUUUGUGAAGGGCGGUCACAUUAAAGAUGCAGUUGACAUGUUCACCACAGCGGGGCGCUGGGAGGAAGCUCACAAGCUGGCUGUGCAGUGCAUGACGAAGGAGGAGGUUGGCGAUCUGUACAUCAGCAGAGCUCAGGAGCUGGAGGAGGACGGGAAGCUAAAGGAGGCUGAAAGGCUUUUUUCCACCUUGGAUCGGCCUGACCUCACCGUCGCCAUGUACAAGAAGAACCGGAUGUUUGAUGAUGUCAUUCGUGUGGUGGGCAAACAUCACCCCGACCUGCUGACGGAGACCCACCUCCACCUGGCCAAGGAGCUGGAGGCCGAGUCCCGGUUCUCAGAAGCAGAGCAUCACUUAAUGGAGGCGGAGGAGUGGAAGGCAGCAGUCCAUAUGUACAGAGUCCAUGACAUGUGGGAGGACGCAUACAGGGUGGCAAAGAGCCACGGAGGUGCUGCUGCCCAGAAACAGGUGGCCUUCCUGUGGGCCAAGAGUCUGGGCGGAGAGGCCGCCGUCAAGCUGCUCAACAAGUUUGGCCUGCUGGACUACGCCAUCGAGGCUGCUGCUAAUAAGUUUGAAUUUGACUUUGCCUUUGACUUGGCUCGCCUGUCUUACAAAGAAAAGAUUCCUGAGAUCCACCUGAAGCAUGCCAUAUACCUGGAGGACGAGGGAAGGUUUCCUGAGGCGGAAGUUGAGUUCAUCAAAGCAGGAAAACCAAAAGAAGCCGUGUUCAUGUAUGUCCACAACAAGGACUGGGCCGACGCUCAGCGGGUGGCCGAGAGCUACGACCCGGACAGCGUCUCUGAGGUUCUGGUCAGCCAGGCCCGGUUCUGCUUCGAGGAGAAGGAUUUCCUGAAGGCCGAGGCGUUCCUGCUGCGAGCGCAGAGGCCUGAGCUGACCGUUAAGUUUUAUAAGGAUGCAGACAUGUGGAGCGAUGCGUUUCGGAUCUGUAAGGAGUAUCUGCCCAGCAAGCUCUCCGUUCUGCAGGAGGACUACGAGAGGGAAACCUCCAAGAAGGGGGGCCGGGGUGUGGAUGGUUUGCUGGAGCAGGCCAAGGAGUGGGAGGAGUCCGGAGAAUAUUCCCAUGCCGUCGACUGUUACCUGAAGGUGAAGGACGAGUCCAACCUCACCCUGAUGGAAAAGUGCUGGAUGAAGGCAGCAGAACUUUCCAUCAAGUUCCUGAGUGGGAACCGAGCCACAGAGGUGGUUCAGGCCGUCGGGCCGCGACUCGCACAGCUSAGGAAGUUCAACGCUGCUGCUGAACUUUACCUCAACAUAGACCUCAUCAAAGAGGCGAUCGACACCUUCAUUGAUGGCGAAGAGUGGAAUAAAGCCAAGAGAGUCGCCAAGGAGCUGGAGCCGAGAUAUGAAAACUACGUGGACCAGAAGUACAAGGAGCAUCUUAAAAACCAAGGCAGAGUGGAGUCUCUGGUCAGUGUGGACGUCAUGGCGGCUCUGGAUCUGUACGCAGAGAAAGGCCAGUGGGAGAAAUGUCUGGAAACGGCUUCCAAGCAGAACUUUAAGAUCCUCCAUAAGUACGUGGCUCUGUACGCGACUCAUCUCAUCAAGGAGGAAGAAGCUGUGAAGGCGCUGCAGCUCUACAUGCAGCACGGAGCGCCACCAAACCCACAAAACUUCAACAUCUACAAGCGUCUGUUUCUGGACCUGAUCAACCUCUCCAACACUGCCGGACCCGAGUCCUACCGCAUGUGGGCCGACCUGCGAAACUUCCUGCUGGAGCUGUGUGAGAACUUGACCAAGUCGGCUGAGGCCAACUCUCCGGCUCAUGAGGAUUUUGAGCAGAUGCUGCUGAUCGCUCACUACUUGGCGGCGCGAUCCGCCGCUAAAGGAGUCGAGCAGCUGAUGAGCGUAGCAGCGAAGGUUUCUGUGUCUUUGCUGCGUUACACUGAGCUGAUUCGUGCAGAUAAAGCUUUCUAUGAAGCUGGACUCGCCUGCAAGGCUGUUGGCUGGGAGAACAUGGCAUUUAUCUUUUUCAACCACUUUGUGGACUUGUGUGAUGCGCUGGACGACGGCCGCGCUCCGGAUCACUCCGACUUCCUGGACACAGACAUUCCCUUCGAGGUCCCGCUUCCCACCAAACUCUGCGCGACCGACGCCCAGCUGGAGCAGAUCCGUGACUGGGUUCUGAUGGUGUCCGUGGAAAACCGGCUGGAACAGGUUCUGCCUCGGGACGAAAGGGACACGUACGAAGCGUCGCUGGUGGCCGCCAACACCGGCCUUCGCUCGCUGCCGUGUGUCCUCACCGGUUAUCCUGUGCUGAGGAAUAAAAUUGAGUUUCCAGUUGCUGGAAAAGCAGCCAACAAAGAAGACUGGAAUAAAUUUCUAAUGGCAACAAAGACGACCCACAGUCCAGAGUGUCAGGAUGUCCUAAAAUUCCUAAAUAACUGGUGCGGUGGUCUACCCGCAACAGGAUUCUCUUUCCACUGAUGGGACUCCGUACAUACUUCCAUAUUCCUUAGCUGCUAAUCUUUCUCUUUGAUUUUUGUUUCUCUGCCAGCUAAGUCAGAUUUUUUUUUCUUAAUUUAUUUAUUCUUUUUAUUGAAAUUAAA